AACCGUGAACAGUGACGCACGCGCGUUAUCGAAAAACAAAAAUGUCAAAAGCAUUACCAUUAACAAUAGUAGACUCCAAUUGAAUAAAGCUCAAACUCGCAACCAAAAAAAAAAAUCUUAUCAUGAUAACUUCACCUUUCCUCUCCAAAUUAAACUCCACCAUCUCUCAGCCGCCAUCUUGAAACAUUCCAAAUGAAACAAAGAACACUCUUAUCCACCUUCAAUUUAAUAAUCUUGUUCUCUCUUCUAACAAGAAUCACUGUGUAUUCUAUGAAUCCAAAGUUCGAAGCAUGUGAACCCAAAACUUGUGGUGGCACCACUAAUCACCAAAACGUAAGCUUUCCCUUCUACAUCAUAUCAAAACAAAACUCCUACUGUGGUCUCCCCAAUUUCGGACUCACCUGCUCCCACGACGGCUUCCCAAUCCUCAACACCUCAGAAACUCUAUACACUGUCCAAAACAUUUUCUACAACAACCAAUCACUUCGAGUGUCCAUCCCUGGCCUCUCGGGACCAAGAUCCACGGAAUGUAUUGCCCCACUGAGAAACAUCAGCGGCCACAGCAAAAGGUUCAGUGUUGCUUCGAAGCAGAAGCAAGUGUUGCUGUUCUAUGGCUGCAAGAACAUGCAAGAGCACAGUAUUGGGUGUUCAGCUGAAAACAGAACGGGAUCGGUUGUGGCGCUUUAUUGGGAUGAUGUCGAGAAUUUGAAGUUAGCGAAGAAGAAUUGCAGGGGGACGGUGAGCGUAACGAGGGUGGAAGAUGAGAAAAGAGGGGUUGAAGAGGAGCUGAGAAGAGGGUUUUUGAUGAAUUGGACGGCCAAGAAUUGCAGUGAGUGUUCCAACAGUGGUGGAAGGUGUGGGUUCGAUCAAGACCACUAUGCUUUCAGGUGUUACUGUCGUGAUAGAAUUGAUUCAGAGAAUUGUUAUCCACAACCAGUUUCGUUCCCAAAGGUCAAGAUAUGAGGCCAAGAGAGGACAACUAGAGAGUACUAGACAAACAGCCAUCGACUUCGGUUGCUGGUCAAACCCUCCCAUGCCAUAUCCUCUCACAGACACUUUUUUCUCCUUCUUGAUGACAUAUUCAGACACACCCUCCUCCAGUUCUUCAAUCUCUCUCUUUCUUCCAUGCUCUCAUUUUGAUUCAUCUCAAAUGAUUAAACCAACUCUCCCCUACAUCCUCCUCAAGUUCUUGUUACGUUUUCCCCUUAUUAGUACCCUUCACAAUCACAUCGUUAUCCUCCUCUUCUUGGUCCAAAUCAAAGUGACUUUCUCUGCUACGGAUCCAAACUUCACAGCUUGCGAGCCCGUGAAUUGUGGUCACGGCCCAGAUAUAAGCUACCCUUUCUACAUCACAGGGAAACAAAAACCCUUUUGUGGGUACCCAGGUUUUGACCUCACUUGUGGCAAAAAUGGCUUCCCAAUUCUCGAUCUCAUCAACACCCAACACAUCAUCCAACAAAUCUUCUAUAACAACAACUCACUCCGAGUCUCCAACCCCGUUUUUUCAACUCCAAACACUUCUCAGUGCAUUCUUCCCACAAAGAAUCUCACCGUUGGCAAGUACAGGUUUCGUAUUGCUCCCAAUCAGAGGAACCUCUUCGUGUUCUAUGGUUGUAACUUAACGUUGCUUCCUGAAGAGAUGAAAGAACAUAAAAUCGGGUGUUCUGUUCAUGAAAACAGAACGAGUAGUAAUUUAUCCGUUGUGGCGUUGUAUGCGGAAGACGUCACGAAUGUGAGAUUAGCGGAAGAGAAUUGCAGAGGUGGGUGGGUGAAUGCAACGGUGGAAGAUGGAAAGGGAGGGAAUGUUCGAGAAGCUCUUGAAGAAGGGUUUGUGAUGAGUUGGAAUGCAAGUAAUUGCAGCACGUGCUUGAAUAGUGGAGGAAGAUGCGGGUUUGAUACAAGCCCAGCUAUAUACGCUUUCAGGUGCUUCUGCCGUGAUCGAGUUCAUAUUGCGCAGUGUAAUCUUCCACCUGGACCACAACAACCAGAGAAAAAAAGAUUGAGCAAGGCUCGGAAAGUUGGCAUAGCAUUAGGUAUCAUACUCCCAAGCAUCUUAAUCAUUGGAUUGCUCCUUCUGUUCUUCAAACGAAGACGUAGUUUCUCACGUGAAUUCCAGACAAGAAACACUUAUGCUGAUCACUCCUCAAAUCCAGACGUAGAAGGCGGAAGCGUGUACUUUGGAAUUCCCCUUUUCUCCUACAAGGAGCUUGAAGAAGCAACAAGCCGCUUCGACCUUAAUAAACAAGUUGGAGAUGGAGGAUUCGGGACCGUCUACUAUGGGAAACUCCAUGACGGACGAGAAGUUGCCGUGAAACGCUUAUACGAGCACAACUACAGACGAGUUGAGCAGUUCAUGAACGAAGUGCAGAUCCUCACACGUUUGCGCCACAAGAAUCUUGUGUCCCUCUAUGGCUGCACUUCACGCACGAGCCGCGAACUACUGCUUGUAUAUGAAUAUAUUCCCAACGGAACUGUUGCUUCUCAUCUUCAUGGUGAAUCAGCAAAGCCUGGCUUACUACCUUGGUCCACAAGAAUGAAAAUUGCUGUAGAAACUGCUAGUGCUUUAGCUUAUCUCCAUGCUACUGACAUCAUUCACCGCGACGUAAAAACCAACAACAUUCUUCUUGAUUACAGUUAUUGCGUUAAAGUUGCAGACUUUGGCCUUUCAAGACUAUUCCCCAAUGAUGUUACACAUGUCUCUACGGCGCCACAAGGAACUCCGGGAUAUGUUGAUCCGGAGUAUUACCAAUGUUAUCAGCUUACGAGCAAGAGUGAUGUGUAUAGUUUUGGAGUCGUGCUGAUCGAGUUAAUAUCGUCUCAGCCGGCUGUUGAUAUGAACAGAGACAAGGAUGAGAUUAAUUUGUCUAAUCUCGCCAUAAAGAAGAUUCAAGAAGGUUCACUUGUUGAGCUUGUUGACCCUUGUCUGGGUUUUGAUUCGGACAAUGAGGUUAAGAGGAUGGUUGUUUCGGUUGCGGAAUUAGCUUUUCAGUGUUUGCAACAGGACAAGGACUUGAGACCUUCAAUGGAGAAAGUGUUGGAAAUGCUGGAGAGAAUUGAGAGUGGGAAGCAUGAACCAGAGCAUUUAGAAGUAGUAGAUGCUGGUCAUGGUGUCAGUAAUGUAAAUUCUCAACAACCACAACCUUCAAUUUCACCAGAAUGGGACCAAAUUGUGUUGUUGAAGAAUGUGAAGCCACCUUCUUCGCCAAUAACUGUUACUGAUAGCUGGGAAAGUGAAUCAACUACGCCUAAUGUUAGUGCUUAAUACAUUAAGCUAUUAGCAAUUGUUGGUAAUCCAUUCUUGCUUUCAGCACUUUUUUCGUUGGAAGUGACUGUAUCCUAACCCGAGCAUGAAUGAAUAUAUAUUCUCAUCCACUUGUAUAGGAUAGAUGAUUGUAUUAUGCGGCAUACCACUAUCAAUGUCAUACAAAGAGUAUAGAGAACAUAAAUCUGUCCGUCUAUGUAGAAAUCAAAGUUAUUCUACAAUGAAUUAAGGAAUUAAUGAUAUUUGAGUUU